UGGAGAUUUAGGGUUCUUCGCGGCGAUGGCUGUGCUUCUCAGCACGAGCGUGGGGGAUAUAGUCAUUGAUCUUCACGCCGAGAGCUGCCCAACUACGUGCAAGAACUUCCUCAAGCUUUGCAAGAUCAAAUACUACAACAACUGCCUCUUCCACUCGGUUCAAAAGGAUUUCAUUGCUCAGACUGGUGAUCCCACGGGAACUGGUCGGGGAGGAGACUCAAUCUACAAGUUUUUGUAUGGCGAUCAAGCGCGAUUCUUCGAGGAUGAGAUCAACCAGCGGCUUAAACACGACAAGGUCGGGGUCGUGGCUAUGGCUAGUGCUGGAGAAGGCCAAAAUGCUUCCCAGUUCUAUAUCACCCUCCGGGACGGCCUUGACUACCUUGACGAAAAGCAUACGAUUUUUGGGGAGGUUGCGGAAGGUUUUGAAACUCUGACGAGGAUAAAUGAAGCUUAUGUCGAUGACAACCAUCGGCCUUACAAAAACAUACGCAUAAAGCACACGAGCAUUUUGGAUGAUCCCUUCGAUGACCCUCCCGAGCUCGCUGAGUUGAUUCCAGACGGAUCGCCUGAGCUGAAACCAGAAGAGGGUAUUGACGUGAGGCUGGAGGAUGACUGGGUUCCGCUGGAGGAGUUGCAUGACGCGGAAGAAGUGGAGAAGAACGUUCGGUCGCGGGAGGCACACACGCGAGCAGUUGUCCUGGAAAUGGUGGGAGACAUUCCGGAUGCUGAAGUAAGACCUCCAGACAAUGUGCUCUUCGUAUGCAAAUUAAAUCCUACCACUCAGGAUGAAGAUCUUGAGGUGAUAUUUCAGCGUUUUGGGAAGGUCAUUUCGGCAGAUAUUAUUCGGGACCACAAAACGGGAGAUAGCCUUUGCUACGGCUUUGUUGAGUUUGAGGCCAGAGAAUCCUGCGAAGCUGCAUACUUCAAAAUGGACAACGUAUUAAUCGAUGACCGAAGAAUACAUGUGGACUUCAGUCAGAGUGUGUCAAAACUGUGGAACCGGUACCACAAGUUUGGCGCCCAGGACGACAAGCAAGCUGUUGAUGGCUUGAGCCAGAGGCCGAAGUAUGAGUUGAAAGUCACCGACGGGCAGCGUGGGGGCACAGGAAAGAGAUACGAGAUGGUUUUCGAUGAGACCGAGACGGACAAGAAUGACAAUGCAAAGAAAAGAGAAGAUGUUUCAAGGUCGCCAAGAUCUCGGAGCCAGGUGGAGGAGAGACAACGGAGCUCAAGGGACGAGCGGCAUGAUCGACAUGAGCGAUCCUCGGACAGAGAUAGAGGUCGCAAGGACGAGCGAGACAGAGAUCGCAAGGAUGAUAGAGAUAGAGAUCGGGACAGGGAUAAAAGGAGGCACAGGGACGACGACAGGGAGCACAGGCGAAGGGACGAUGAAUGGCGCGAAAGAAGAGAAGAUCAUCACCGGGAAAGAUCUUACAGGGACGACGAUAGGAAGAGAAGCAGGCGAUGAAGACUAGAGAUAAAAAAAAACGUUUUUGUACCAAGCUGGACGUUGACAAGAUCAGUAUAUUUUUCUCCAUCUUCCUCGACCAAGAGCUGCUUCCACUCCCCAUUACUCCAUUCCAUGAGUUUGUACCACUUUGUUGGCUUGAGCAACGUCCUAGCCUUGAUGCUAAACUGCACUGUUGUAGUAACUUCCGGAUUA